AUGUCAGGCGAUACAAAAGAUGAUUUGCAAGGUGAGAAGGCCGGUAUUGAACAAUCCGAGGUGUUGGUCAAUUCGGAUCUCAUGAACGAUGCCUUCGAUGGCGAGAACCGCGAACAUGGAAUGAGUACAUGGACGGCCAUUAAAAGUCACCCUUGGGCUUGCUUAUGGGCAUUCACCAUGUGUUUCACUAUUGUCAUGGAAUCCUUUGACAUGUUCCUGAAUGGUAACUUUGUCGCACUUCCCGCUUUUCAACGGGAGUAUGGUGUCCAAAUCGACGGACACGACGGUCACAUUAUUCCAACCAAAUGGCAGAGUUCUCUCUUCCAGGCCGGUCAAUGUGGCGCUUUCGUCGGUGUUUUCUUGGCCGGCCCUGUCACCAACAGAUACGGCUACCGGUUGACAACUAUCUUUGCUCUGAUUCUUAUGAAUCUGACAAUUUUUGUUUCCUUCUUUGCCAACUCACUCACCCUCCUUGUGGUCGGCCAAGCCUUAGAAGGUGUCCCUUGGGGAUUCUUCAUUGCAAACUCUCCCGCUUAUGCUAGUGAGAUUGUUCCUCUCUCCCUGAGAGGUGCCUGUACGGCUACCCUGCAAAUGAGUUGGUCUAUUGGUUCAAUCAUUGUCGCUGGCGCAACAUACGGCUUCAACAAGCGUUCCGAUGAGUGGGCUUGGCGUAUCCCUCUUGCCUUGCAGUGGAUUUUCCCUACUCCCCUCUUGAUUCUCCUCUUCUUCGCCCCCGAAUCCCCUUGGUGGCUGAUUCGCCGCGGACGCAAAGAUGAGGCCCUUCGUUCCAUCAAACGUCUUGGUAGCGAAUCCGACGAGCAAGCUCAACAGUCACUUGCCAUGAUUGAGCGAACCGUUGAGAUCGAAGCUCAAAUGGGCGGUUCCCCUACUCUCCUCGACCUUCUCAAGGGAACCGAUUUAAGACGAACAAUCAUCACCUGCUUGAUCUACGCAUCCCAGAACUUUGCCGGUAACUUGAUUGCCAACCAGGCAACUUACUUCUUCGAACAGGCCGGCAUGGGAUCCGACCGUUCAUUCCAGCUCAAUCUGAUCAACUCAUGUCUUCAAUUGGUUGCCAACAUAAUCUCUCUACCUCUGGCCUCCUCAUUCGGUCGCCGAACUAUCUACCUCUGGGGGACAGUCACCAACGUCAUUCUGCUCAUGCUCCUCGGUGUCUGCGCCUCUAUCAGCCAAAACCAUGCGACCAACUACGCCCAGGCCGUUCUGGGAAUUAUAAUCUCCUUCGUCUUUGCCGGUUCUCUCGGACCCAUCUCAUACACCAUCAUUGCCGAGACCUCCUCCGUCCGUCUUCGCGCUUUGAGUACCGGUGUCGGUCGUGCCGCCUACUAUGUCGCCGAGAUCCCCAUGAUCUACCUUGCCUCGCAGAUGCUCAACCCUACCGGAUGGAAUCUGGCUGGAAAGUGUGGUUACGUCUGGGGAGGUACUGCCUGUGUCUGCUUCGUGUCGGCCUACUUCUUCCUUCCUGAGCUCAAGGGCCGGUCUUACCGUGAAAGCGAUAUCUUGUUUAAUCGCAAGAUUCCUGCUCGCAAGUUCAAGACGACGGUUAUUGAUGUCAGGGAUAACGAGUAA